UAAAAAAAGAUUCCCAUAUUUAUGAAAGCACUUAUAUUCAUCAGCUUACUCUUGGCAACAUCGUCGGGCGCAUUUUAAGAAGAAGAGAAUGUGUUAGUUUUGACAACAGAUACUUUUUAAGAAGCAAUUGACGCAUUCAAAUUUAUUUUGGUUGAAUUUUAUGCACCCUGGUGUGGACAUUGGUAUAGGCUUAUAUAUUUAAUAUGUUAGUAAGAAAUUAGCACCUGAAUAUUCUGCAGCAGCAGCCGAAUUGAAAAAGUAAGGAGGUGAUAACUAUGUGCCAUUAGCAAAAGUUGAUGCCACAGCUGAAUCAUCAAUUGCUGAAAAAUUCAGCAUUUAAGGAUAUCCAACAUUAAAAUUCUUUAUUAAUGGUUAAGCAAUAGACUAUGAAGGAGGAAGAACAUAAACUGAUAUUGUAGCUUGGAUCAAUAAAAAAUCAGGUCCUCCAUCAAAUGAAUUAAACUCAGUUUAAGAUUUGGAGAAAUUCUUGGAAAGAGUAUCAUCAUCUCCAAUAAUUGUAUUCUUUGGAAAUUCAGAAGAUGAUAAUGAUUUCUAGACAUUCAAAGCAGUAGCAUAAUCUAAUGACAAAGUUACAUUUGCACAUAUUGUAAAUGCUGAAGCUACAGAAAAAUAUAAUGUUUAAGGAAAGAUUGUUCUUUUCAAAUCAUUUGAUGAAAAAAGAAAUGAUUUAGAUGGUGCAAUCACAAAUGAAACUCUAGAAUAAUUUAUAAAUGCUCAUGGAAAUCCAGUUUUAUUACCAUUCAAUGAUAAAGCAAUUAACAUUAUUUUCUAAUAAAGAAAUAAUGCUGUACUUUUAUUCACAGAUGAUUCUGAUGCCGGUGCUGCAGCUUAUGAUGUUUUUGCUUAAGUAGCUGGUGCAUUUAAAGAUAGAAUUAAAUUCUCCUUUUCUAAACCAAAUGAUGGUUCAGGAUUAUUCCAUAGAUUAGCUGAAUAUGUUGGAGCUAGUACUGUCAAUGUUCCAAAUAUUAUGAUUUUUGAUUAAUUAGGAGGAAAUGCUAAAUAUAGAUUUGAAGAAAGUAUCACCGUUGAUACGCUAAGAACCUUUUUAACAAAUUUCUUUGAUGGCAAUUUGGGAAGAUAUAUGAAGUCUGAAGAGAUUCCAUCAAGUAAUGAUGAACCUGUUAAAAUUGUUGUUGGAAAGAACUUCAAAGAUUUAGUCAUUAAUAAUGAUAAAGAUGUUUUGGUUGAAUUUUAUGCUCCUUGGUGUGGUCAUUGCAAAUAAUUAGCUCCAAUUUAUGAAACAUUAGCUAAGAAAUUAUAAGUCAAUCCAAAUAUUAUCAUUGCCAAAUGCGAUGCUACUGCAAACGAAGUGAAAUAAAUAUUUAAAUAUUAUAUAGGUUGAAGGUGUUUCUAUCGAAUCCUUCCCAACUUUAAAAUUCUGGAAGAAUGGAUAGAAAGAUUAAGUUAUUUCUUAUUCUGGAGGAAGAGAUGAAGCUGGAUUCAUUUCCUUCCUAAAAGAAAACACAUCUCAUCCUUGGGUCGAUUUAGAUAGAGUUGAAGAAUUAUGAGUGUAUUUUCAUUGUAUAUUCAUAUCAAAUUAUACAAUCU